AUGGCUCAUCCUUACCGCAGAUCAGGCUACCGAAGUGCGCAAGCUGCGUCUGAUACGAUACCGUUACUAGCUGACGUCUCCAAGCCCUGCCGGUCUCGUAAGAGAAAACCUACAAACCGCCCCCCUACGAACGAGCAGCCGGGCGAAUAUCAGAAGCCUAUCCUGCAACUCCAUUUCGGCCAAGAGUAUUACUCUCUCAAAGGCCAAACACCAUUGCGUACGAAGGAAGGCAUCGGGAAAUCUCAACGAGCGGGGGUCACACUCGAACAAGAAAAUGUGCGAAAGGACUGGAUGCGGCGGCUACGUCCCAUGGCGCACCGACGGUGA